AUGGAAGUUAAGCCAUGGGAUGAUGAGACUGACAUGAAGAAAUUUGAGGCGUGUGUACGUGCUGUUGAGAUGCAAGAUCUCUUAUUGGGAGCUUCAAAACUGGUACCAGUUGGUUAUGGGAUCAAGAAGCUCACGAUCAUGCUCACAAUUGUUGAUGACCUCAUGUCCCCAGACAAUAUCAUUGAAGACUACCUCACCUGUGACCCUAACAACGAGUACAUCCAGAGUGUUUACAUCGUCGCAUUCAACAAGAUCUAG